AUGUUCUGGCGCGUCCUCUGUUGUCCCUCCCCUGCAACCUCCCCUGGCACAUCUCUCCUCUCUUCUGGACCCACCUGCCGCGAGUCAGUCGUGUUCUGGCGCAUCCUCUAUUGUCCCUCCCCUGGCGCAUCCCUGGACCCACCUGCAGCAAAUCAGCCGUGUUCUGGCACAUCCUCUAUUGUCUCUCCCCUGGCGCAUCUCUCCUCUCUUCUGGACCCACCUGCCGCGACAAAUCAGUCGUGUUCUGGCACGUCCUCUAUUGUCUCUCCCCUGGCCCAUCCAUCCUCUCUCCUGUACCCACCUGCCGCGAGUCAGUCAUGUUCUGGCAUGUCCUCUGUUAUCCCUUGCCUGCAACCUCCCCUGGCGCAUCCCUCCUCUCUUCUGGACCCACCUGCCGUGAGUCAGUCGUGUUCUGGCGCGUCCUCUGUUAUCCCUACCCUGGCGCAUCCCUCCUCUCUUCUGGACCCACCUGCCACGAGUCAGUCGUGUUCUGGUGCGUCCUCUGUUGUCCCUCCCCUGCAACCUCCCCUGGCGCAUCCCUCCUCUCUCCUGGACCCACCUGCG